AUGGCCGACACAGAGGUUGCGCCAACAUUUGGCGCAGAACUCAAGGAUGGCUUCAAAGCCGCCAAUGCCUGGGUUGGCCAUGGCAUUGCCUGGAUAGACGACCUUCAGCAGUUUUACCGUGAACGAGCAGCGAUUGAGAAGGACUACAGCGCAAAACUCGCGGCAUUAGCCAAGAAGUACUAUGAAAAGAAAUCAAAAAAGUCUGCGGUCUUGAGUGUGGGCGACACGCCGGCAAUGACCCCCGGAUCCCUGGAAAGUGCUUCCAUAACAACAUGGACGACGCAGCUGAACACGGUCGAGAGGCGCGCAGAAGAGCACAGCCGAUACGCCAACGAACUGAUCAACCGGGUGGCCACACCGAUGCAGGCAUACCAGACCAAGUUUGACGAGCUCCGCAAGCGGCACGCCGAAUUCGCCGAUAAGCUCGAGAAGGAGCGUGAUUCGUCAUACUCUGAGCUGCGAAAGGUCAAGGGCAAAUACGACAAUGUCUGCCAGGAAGUGGAGAGCAAACGCAAGAAGUCCGAGUCGGCGUUUGACAAGGCCAAGGCGCAAAGCAAUUACCAGCAGCAGAUACACGAGAUGAACAACGCCAAGAACACAUAUAUCAUCGCCAUCAAUGUCACAAACAAGCAAAAGGAGAAGUACUACCACGAAUAUGUUCCCGAGGUUAUGGACAGUCUGCAGGACCUUUCAGAGUUCAAGACCAUCAAGAUAAACGAACUCUGGACUUUGGCAUCAACCUUGGAAUCAGGGCUUUUGAAGUCAAGCGGAGAGAUGAUAGAUCACCAGACCGAGGAGAUUGCGCGGAAUCUCCCCCAUCUAGAUUCUCUCAUGUACAUGCGCCACAACAUUGGUGCGUGGCAGGAGCCUGCGGACAAGAUGUUUGAACCAAGCCCUGUGUGGCAUGAUGACGACUCCAUGGUGGUGGAGGAACCGGCAAAGGUAUACUUGCGCAACGUACUUAACAAGUCCAAGAGUCAGUUGGGCGAUCUCCGACGCGAGGUCGACAAGAAACGACGCGAGGUCGAGGCGAUGAAGAGGGUCAAGCAAAACGUUAGGAACGGGACAGACAAGAAGGAUGAGGUGGCCGUGGUCAACUCGAUCUUUGCAAUGCAGGAGGACCUCCACCAGGUUGAACGCAAACGAAUAACGGCCGAGGUUGAGACGUCGACCAUUACAUCCGCUGUCGGCGAUGUGACGCUGGGCGCCAAAAACCACAACUUCAAAUCUCAGACUUUCAAAAUCCCCACCAAUUGCGAUCUUUGUGGUGAGAGGAUCUGGGGUCUUUCCGCCAAAGGCUUUGACUGCAGGGAUUGCGGUUACACAUGCCACAGCAAGUGUGAAAUGAAGGUGCCGGCAGAAUGCCCCGGCGAGCAAAGCAAAGAGGAACGCAAGAAGCUCAAGGCGGAGAGGCAGGAGGCAGCCAACACGCUGCUCAAGCCCAGUGGGAGCACACACAAAAAGACUCCAUCAUCAACCGAGGGAAUGGCGGAACUGCCUGCUCUAAGCAGGUCCGAUACGAUGAACUCGUUGAGCUCAGGCUACGCCGCGAGCGCACACCGGUCGAUUUCGGGUGCCAGGUCGCCAGCUGAGGAGACACCGACUGGUGAGGCACCGGCGGCGCCGAAGCCGGCCAACACGCUGCGGAAGAACAGGGUUAUUGCCCCACCUCCCGCUGCAUAUAUUAGCGAGCUGCCUGGGAGCUCCCCGGCGAACGGCAGCUCGGGCCCUGGCGCGGGCAAGGCACCAGAGCAGAAGGGCAAGAUGCUAUACGCAUUUGACGCCAAUGGCGAGGGCGAGCUCACGGUGCCGGCAGGGCGGGAUCUCGUUAUUCUUGAACCAGAUACUGGGUCCGGAUGGAUCAAAGUUCGGGCUGGAUACAAGGAAGGGCUUGUGCCCGCGACGUACGUCGAGCUGGCACCGGCAGGGGCACCGUCAACAACCGUCAUCGCACCGCCACCGGCGAUGGCACCUCAGCAUACUGGUGCAUCAGGUCGUCCGGGCUCCAUCUACUCAAACAGCGGUUCAUCAAUCGGCGGCACCGCUCCCGCAGUGAAGAAGAAGGGGCCGGCGGUGGCACCUCGGCGCGGGGCGAAGAAGACGGCAAGGCAUGUAGAUGUCCUGUAUGACUACACGGCGCAGAGUGACGCCGAGCAUAGCAUCGUCGAGGGCGAGCGGCUGGUGCUCAUCAAGGAAGACCCAGGGGAUGGAUGGGCCGAGGUUGAGAAGGGCGGUUUGACAAAGAGUGUUCCAGCAAGCUAUCUGCAGCUUGUAUAA